AUGUUCACCACGGUCAUCUCGAUCGGCCUUCUUAGUCUCGCCUCCUCUGUACCUCUUGCUCCCCGCCAGGUUGUCCCUCACUACCCGCCCUCGUCCCAGUCGACAGGCUUCAAGCUCGUCGCCAACGCCACAGAUCCCACAAAUGACAUGGCCGCGUCCGUCAAUGGCCUGGUGCUCCAAGGAAUCCACGUCGGCGCUGGCCUGAACGAUGCCGCUCUAGGUUCAGAUACCAACAACAGCCGCAUCUUCUACCAGAACGGCACUGCUGAGGAACUCCGCUACAACCAGGGCGACAUCCUGUCCGACGGCGGCACCCCAAUCUUCCCCUGGGGCAUCCAGGUAGCAAACCAGAACGCGUCCGACCCGGCCGCGCUGCGCGGCGUAACGGUGGACGCCGGAAGCGGCACCGUGGGUGUAUCUCUGGCGCAUUUCCCCGACCCCUACGUCUACUUGACAGCUCUUGGUGCUGGAAAGUUCGUGGCCUGUGACGAGUAUGUGCGCUAUUACAACCAGAACUUCACCACGGUCCGCUACGUCACCGGUGUGCAGGACCCUGCCACGGCGCUGUAUACGUACAGCAUCCCGGAGAACUGUGUUGCGAUCAACCUUAUUCCGGAAUGUGCGGCGCUGCCUGAUCUGCCCGAGGGGAGCAUUUCCAGCCAUGAGUUUGCGGCGUCUGCGAAGUGCUACGCGGAUGUCUCGGCGAUUAAUUGGCCUGAGUAUGGUCCGUAA